AUGCCGAACCCAUACAACUCGCAGGCUAUGAGCCGCUUCGCCUUUGCUUCACGAACAUCCAACGCGCCUGCGCCGCUUUUCUACUCUGCGACCGAUGAUUUCCGCGAGGAGGAUGACCACGUCGAGCACGACCGGGAGAUGGCCGACCAUUACGCGCUACAGCGGUCGCGGCGGCAGUUUGGCGCAAGCAAUCUAUCUGAAUCGUCUGAAGUCGAAGAUGACCUCGCCCAACGAUCGGACCAUACAAUAGGCGCAGACAGGGACGAAAAUGAAGCGCCGGGAUAUGGUCUAGGAAGAGGGAUUAAGAGUUCUUGGAAGGGGGACAAGCCAGCACGUGGAAGAUCAGCCACCAUCAACAACCCCGAAGAUGAAGAACGAGAGUCAAGUGUACCACUCUCCGAGACGACGGACCGCAGCAGCAGAGGAAGAGGCAAUCUCGUGGAUGUGGAGCUCGACUCGACGGAUCGAGGCAGCAUAGAAGAGCUGGACCGAGACGAGCUCUUGGGUCACCAGGACGAGCCACCACCACCAUUUCAGCAGUUUCGCAACAUGCCGAGGCCGAAACGCGGUCGCAGUCCGCUACGAAACACCCUACCGAUACCACAGGAAACGGAUGAAGAUACUUUGCUAGAACACCCACGGCCAAUAAGUCCGGAUCGCCAGACUGUACCCGAUGUUGUACCAGAGAAUCCUACAUCAGCCCCACGACACAACUUCUUCUGGGCUGAGCUCUUCAUAAUCGUACAGUGUGCCAUCUUUGGCACAUGGUUCAUUUCUCUGCUGCAAGAAUCACCACCAAACAAGAAGAACCCAUUGGGCGACACUAUAUAUACCGUCUUACACUCGUCAUUUCACCUCAUUGGAGUGUACUCGUUGGUCUCGGUCAUAGUCGGAGUUUUAUGGUUAUCGCUACUCCGGUCCUUCGCUCGGCCUCUGGUGCAACUGAUGCUACUGGCAAUACCCGUCAUAUCUAUUUCCUUCUUUUUCUACCCUUUCGUAUCAAGCUUCAAAGGGUCUUGGCAUGGUGAUAGCGUACAAGAUCGGCUGAUGCGUUGGCUUUCGUUCGGGCCUCUAUGCUUUGCUGGUUUCUGGGUGUACACCAUCUUCAAGGCGAGACAUUCCUUGGACAAAGCUACUGGCAUGCUGGAGUUCUCGAGUGAAAUCCUGAGAGCGCAAUUCCCAUUGCUGCUCGUGGGUAUCGCGGCACUGGCUGCCGUGAUACUAUGGUCUUGGAUCUGGAUUCUGAUGUUCACACGUCUUUUCCUCGGCGGCCACUUUGCUAGCAACAAAUCCCGGUGGAUCAUCGACACCAGCACGUGGUGGCUGGGCAUCGCGUUCUUCUUGGAUUACUUUUGGACUCUGGCAGUCAUUUCCGGUGUACAACGCGCUACAACAGCAGCUACGGUAUCUCAGUGGUACUUCCAUCGCAACAGCGUACCCGCACCUGCUGCCAGCACGGUAGUCCAGGCUUCUCUCAAUCACGCAACAUACACCAUGGCUGGUACGAUCUGCAUGUCAACGCUGAUCUCACUCAUGGUCCGCCUUCCACUCAUCGUCCUUCCGAAGCGACUCGCGGGUAUGAUCGGCAUGUGCGCAUAUUCAGUUGUGCCGACACCCAUCGCUGCGCUGACAAACCCACUGACUCUGACCUUCGCUUCAAUUCAUGGUCUGCCUCUCAAUCAAGCUGCGCGUGGCCUGUCGCAGAUGAACUUCAUCUCCGCUGCGUCGCCAACUACUACCCUCGGCCCAAGCUCGUUCAAGGACCAUGGGCGACCAUCGAUACAGUCAUACCGUCUGGCGAAACUACUUUUGCACGCCAUUCGUUGGGUCAUAACACUGUCUCUUGGAUUCGGAGGCUGGGUCUCGACUGCACGCAUGCUUCAAAUCGGAAACGACACUGUACCAUACAAGGGCAGUCUAUACGCAUACGUCGUCGGUAUCAUCAGCGCGGCGAUUGGUUGGGGUGCUCUAGGUGCUAUGGAAGGAGUUCUCGGAAACAUUCUAGAUGCAGUGCUCGUGUGUUGGGGAAGCGAAGUAGGAAGAGAUGGACAAGGAGAGGCUCGAUACUGUGUUGACGCUGGUCGGUUGUUCGGCAAUGAAGUCACUGGGCAAGGACGAGGGAGAUACGAAGUUUAG